CAGUGCAACAACGAUGCCAGACAGAAGAAGAAGUAGAAGAGGUUUGUGAUAUUUUAAAGCUCCUGCGUACUGGUGAAUAAAGUCAGUACUACAAACAUCUGAUGACGAACGGACCGAUGGUGGGGGGUAAGCUACUAGGAAUGUGGAAUAGAGUAAAUACAGAGAAAGAGUCCUGCAUGGAUCAAGAAAUGGAAUCUCAGCCACGCAAAAAACUAUCCCAUUCUAUUGAGGACAUUCUAAGGGGGCCCACAUGUGCCAGAAAGGAGAAGAAAACUCAUUGUGACUGGUCUGUUAUCAAGGAGAACACCAGAAUAUCUAAGCAGAUCUCAUGUGCAGAAACAACACAAAUCAGACUACUUGCAGAGUCUCCAAAAGCCACCACAGACAGCAUGAGUCAGAGGAAAAAGAGGCAAACAAGGGUCACUUUCACCCCGAUGCAGGUGCAGGAUCUGGAGAAAGCCUUCGAGCAGACUCACUACCCAGACGUGAACAGAAGAGAGCAGUUGGCCUCUCGCCUGCAGCUCACAGAGGGACGAAUACAGAUUUGGUUCCAGAACCGCAGAGCCAAACGGAGGAAAGCACAAACUGUGAAGGAUAUAGAACUGAUGAGCAGUCAGCCUGCAAGUCAUCACCUGCUUUAUUAUGAGCGGCUACAGGAGCCCCAGCUGCAGGCAGCGUGCUGGCUGCCGUGGUGCUUUCCUAAACCUCUUCAGUCAGCACUGUUCCCUAGAGAAGCUUCAACCGCCACCUUGCUGACCAACACACAUCCCCCAGGUCACAGGACUCUGUAUUUUGACCCGCUGGGGACCAACAGAUAGCAAAACACUUGUAAUUGAUCGCACUAUUGUGUUAAAGUGUUUUAAAAUCAUGUGGUACAAAGAUCAUAACAAGUUUUGAUACAUGAUUUGCGGAUCAUAAUGAGUUAUAACCAUGACACUACUGUAAUCUGUAAAAUAUAAUAACUGUUUAUUGAUGAGCUUAAUUGUCAGGUGUGUUGUAUAUACUGUGUUGACAUCAUGAAAUGAAC